AUUGUCUUUCUUUCUUUUUUAUUUUUAUUAUUUAUUUUUUUAUUUUUAAAGAUGUAUUAAUUCUUUUUGUCCACAUUUUAACUUUAAAGAAAUGAUGCAAAAAAUAUUUUUAACAACUCCCAACAACAAUGAUGAAUUAUUACAAAAAAUAGACAAGCUUAUAUUAAAGUUUUGUGAUACAUCUAUUGACUGUAAUUCAUUAGAAAGUUUACAUGAAUGUACAAAGAAGAUAUUCGAUGAGGGAUAUCAACUGAUAGAUAAAUAUUUUGUUAACAGUCAACAUUUUAAAGAAGAAUUAUCAUUCAAUAUAGAUCAAAUACAUGAAAGUUUUGAAAGUUAUUUUAUGGACUUAAUUUACGAUGUUACAUUCUUUAAGAUUACUCAAUUUUUAUUAUCAAAGGAUAUAAAAUUAAGCAAGGUUCUCGAGGAAAUAGAAUAUCUAGACUUUUCUCAAAUUGAACUUCCUUCUUCAAUUAAAGAUGGAAGGAAACGAGUUUAUGCUGCGAUUUCUAAAUUUGAAAGAAUAGGUUCUUUCCGUACUCCGGCUGAUAAGUUGAAUUGUUUGUUAAAUACUAUAUCUGAAUUAACAAAAGAGGAUGAUGAAUCAAAAGAAGAGAUAUCAUUCCUGGACUCAGAUUCUUUGAUACCAUUAUUAUUAAUGAUAGUAAUUAGAAGUAGAAUCCCUCAUCUUAUAGCAAACUUGGUUUAUAUAAAGGAAUACAAUUUUAGUCGUAAUGUUAAAAUUGGAAAAGAUGGAUAUGCUCUUAGUACCCUUGAAGGUGUUUUAGAUUAUAUUCUUGAUGCUCAAUUAGAAUUAUCCAAUAUUUCAAGGAAAAAUAAGUCUUUUUGGUCAGCAAUUAAGGCAGGUGAUAUUACAGAAAUUAAGAAUCCUUAUUAUAAUGAUACAAUUGAGGUACGCGAUAUAAAUGGUAAUAAUGGCCUGAUGAUAGCGUGUAUGUAUGGACAAGCGAAUAUUGUUGAUUAUUUGAUUCAUCGAUCUGACUAUAGUCAAAAUGAUAAUAAUUGUACACCUCUUAUGUGUGCCAUCAAGUGUAGUAAUUCUUUAGAUAGUGUUAGGAUAUUAUUGAAACACAAAAUGGUUAAAGAAUCCAUAAAUUCGCUUGAUUAUACCGGAAACAGUGCAAUUUUGUAUGCUGCUGGUACGAAUAAUCUUAGUCUAAUUAAAUUGCUACUAAAAGAGGUUGGCAUACAUCGACUCUAUCAAGUUAAUUCUAUAACAUACGACUCUGUACUUCAUAUUGCAGCUCAAAAUAAUAGUUCCUUAGAAUUUAUAACCUAUUUGAUGGAACAAUUAGAUCUUUCGUGGAGGAAAAGCAAAAAUAAAAAGGGAGAAACAUUUUAUCAUUUGAUUCAAAGUUUAGACCUAUUAAAAUAUGUGAUGAUACAGCCUACAUUUCAAUUAGAUGAUUUAGUAAACGACGUAGAUCACAUGGGUCGGUCACCUUUUAUGAUGUGGGCCUCUAAAGGACGAUUAGAUCUUAUAGAAACAUUAAUACCCUAUAUUAUGAUGGAUACCUAUUCUCAAGUGGAUAAAGAGGGCAACACAAUUUUUCAUUUACUGGCAACUCAUCUUUGUGAAGGUUUAGUGAUGGUGUUUGGUGAAAAUAGUUUAAAUUAUAUAGUAGAACAAAUGAAAGGUAUUGUAAACGUUCGAAGCUGGAAUUACGGUAAUACACCUCUUCACUUGAUAGCUGGAAUAUCUACUCGGGCACCUAAGCAAAAUAUAGUAAAUGCCAUCUUAUUUAUUAAAGCUCUAGUAAACAAUGGUGCAUGGAUAAAUGCAGUUAACUUUAAGGGUGAACAUCCUGUAGAUAUUUGCAAAGUGUCUGAGUUAGUGACAUGUAUGGAUGGUAAUAGAUAAAAUUGUAUUUAUGAUAUGGUAUGGAUUUAUAACUGUAUGUGUGUGUGUGUGUGUGUGUGUUUAUGUGUGUGUAUGUUUUUUUUUCUCUCCCUUAAUUUAAAAGAACUGUAUUUACAAAAAGAUAUUUGUUUAACUGCAAACUUUAA